UGGAUCAGAAUGGAAACCCUUAAUGGCAACAAAUCAACUAAUGACAGCUGUGUUUUAAACGAGAGCUUCAAGUACACUCUCCUCCCUGUGAGCUACAGUCUUGUGUUUUUGUUUGGCCUGGUGCUGAACAUCACUGCCAUGUAUUUCAUCAUAUUCCAAACCAAACACUGGAAGCCCAACACCACCUACAUGAUCAACCUCAACGUUUGUGACACCCUUUACCUCCUUACCCUUCCGUUCCUCAUCUACUACUACGCUGAUGAGAACGACUGGCCGUUCGGUGAGCUGAUGUGCAAGCUGAUUCGCUUUCUCUUCUACACAAACCUUUACGCAAGUAUCCUCUUCCUCAGUUGCAUCAGUCUGCACCGAUUCUUGGGCAUCUGCCACCCGGUGCGCUCUUUGAACUGGCUGAAUGCCCGUGGUGCUCGUUUGAUCUCGGUGGGAAUAUGGGUGACCACGAUCUUCUUCCAGGCACCAAUACUCUACUUCUCCAGAACAAAAGAUAACAAUGAUGUACAGGUGUGCCAUGACACCACCGAGUCAACGCUCUAUAGAUAUUACUUUUUCUACAGCUUGGUAGUCAUGUUCUUGCUCUUCGUCCUACCGUUUGGGGUGGUGCUGGUCUGCAAUGUCUUGAUGGUGCAGAAGCUUCGGGAACUCAGCAUUGUUGGAAGUUCCAUGUCAAAGCGAUCCAAGCAGAAGUCGAUAAAGAUGAUCAUAAUUGUGCUUAUUACUUUCAUGAUAUGCUUUCUGCCCUUCCACCUGAACCGCAGUAUCUACUAUGUCUUUCGAUUCCUGGACGUGCAGAACUGCUUGAUACAGUACUCUAAUGUGGCCUACAAUCUCACACGUCCUCUGGCCGGCUUCAACAGCUGCAUCGAUCCAAUCCUCUUCUUCAUGGCGGGACAGAGCUUCAGAAAAAGAAGAAGUUCAAAUCAAGCCAAAAAUCUGUCCACCUCUGUGGGUUGCACGAAGGGCUUGGAUGCGCAGCCCUCUAUUGACUAG